UUUGUUUUGAACAGUCGAAGAUCAGUUGAAACUGUUAAGUCUGAGUGAUCGGAUAAAUUGAUAUAAAGGACAGUAGUUCGUUCAAUCGAAAAAAAAAAAUUUUUUCGAAAUUACGAGACCAUCGGAGUAUAUUAUCGACCUAACAAAAAAUUUAUUUUUUAAUUAAAAUCGAAAUUGAAAUUUUUGUCAAUCAGUUGAAUAUAAAAAUGGGUGUCGCCGAGGAUGCUGCCUUAUUUCUUCAAGUGGAUUUCGAAGUUUUUGGAAAUGUUCAAGGAUGUUAUUUCACAAAGUACACUCGAGAUAUGUGCGCUGAAUUGAACAUACGAGGUUGGGUGAAAAAUUCCAAAAAUGGAACCAUUCUCGGCAAAAUGCAAGGCACUAAACCAGAGAUACAUAAAAUGGUCGAAUGGUUGUCAAAAGUGGGAUCGCCCGGAUGCAAAAUAGAGAGAUGCGAACUUACCAAUUGGGGUACAUUGGUCCGAUUGGAUUACAAGGAAUUUUCAAUAAGAUUUUAACCAGCCCGAAUGCAACGAAAAUUUUAUCUCAACUUUUGUUUUAAGGUUCAACUACUAAUGCGCUGUUAUUAAUUAAUAAAUAUGAAGAAAAGAAUUUUGUAAAUAAAAAUGCUUACCGCAUCAACUAUCAAUC